AUGAAAUAUUUAAGCAAAGCUUUAAGGCCGUGUGAUUUAUAUAGGUAUACCCGUAAAGCGCGUCAAGAUAAUCAAAUUAUUGAUAAUAUUGAUAACGCAACCAUUUUAGAAGAAUUUUUGAAGUAUUUGAAAUAUUUCGAAAUGAAAUAUUUAAGUAAAGAUUUAAGGGCGGGUGAUUUAUAUAGGUAUACCCGUAAGAGCUCCGGCGGAGAACACGAUAAAGAACUCUGGUCUAUAGAACUGGAGAACUUGGUAGAACCACGGUGGCAAUUUGGUCAGCGUUCUAAGUUCGCUGACCAGAAUUUUGGAGGAGAUGGCGUGGAGCAGGAUGUAAUCAUAAGUGUUGUAGAACUAGAAAUUUCAGUUGUAAUGUAG